AUGUCGGCCACGAUACCAGCGGGCAACCACGGGAACCACCUUGGAGAGAUGCAGACCGUUGCGGUCGCCAUGUAUGAAGAUAUCGGCGGCCGUGCUUUGAACGGAGUCAACGAUUUGUAUGCGUCAGUGUUGUUCUUCAGGUCUCAAGGGAAUUUCUUGCGGUUGAUCUGUUCGGUCAGGAAAGCUUUAGACAGUGCUUUGGUCAUCAGAGUUGGACCGCCGCCGCCUGAGGCGCGAUCCUACACAGUCGCAUUUCGUUUGUUUCUGGAGGCGGAUCGGCGUUUCACGCCGUCCGCGUCCACGUCGGCUGCCGCAUUGAGCGCGUCGAAGGCACUACUCGACAAAUUUUUUGACAUCUUUAACGGCAGAUAUUGGCUCCGCGGCAUCGUCGAAGUGUUUCUGGAUGGCAGGUCUCUCGACAGAGGCGAGGUCAUUCACGAGGGGUCGAUUGCUCUCCUCAGUGCUUUUUUCCAUCACCUCCCUUGCGUGCCAUCGCAGGGUAAAUGGGAGAAGUUGUAUCCCGCUUUGGCAUUCUUCGUCAAGACGCACGCUCUCGGCGGCAUCCUUUCGAAAAUCAUGAGUGGCAGCUUUGACGAGUCUGACUUCCUGGACCCGAAUAGUGAUUCAGCGUUGCGCGCCCAGGGCGAAUCCAAUGGCCCCGUCGACCCUGCGCUGCAGGAGUCGCUGAUGUGGAGGGCAACGCAGGGUUCGCGCUAUAAGCGCGCCGAGAAACUCGUGAACGACGUCUGGAUGAAUUACGUGUUCCUCAGCCUAUGCGUAGUCAUGGAGGCGACGAGGUACCUCACGCUAUGGUUCAUGGCAGCUUCAAACAAAGUGCUGUCUUUCGUGGGGUACCCUGCGCUGAUGGAUUUAUUGUAUGAGCCAACGAGUCCGUUGACGUGGUCUUUGCAGUACUUGUCGUCAUGCCUCGCUGGUGCCACUUCAAGGUCCGUCGACACCGCCAAGUUUAAGUCACAGAACGAGUGUUGCAUACCCUCGGGCUUGGCGCAGUCCUUGGCAGCGCUGAACUUUCAUGAUUUCAAGUGCGCGCUCAUGGUGUACCUUACUGCUUGGUACGUAUGCCUCUCGCUCCACUGCGUGGAACGCCUUCACGCCAGGAACAGGCAUUCCAGCUGCCCGAAAGUGGCGUGGCAUACUUUCGCCCACGACUACGUCGGGGCGGAGAUCAAUGCGAGUGCGCGCCACCGUGGUGACGUCGACGUUGAGGCAUCGCUGAGCAGCGGCAGUCGCGACCGUGAUCCGCAGGCAGCUGCCGUUGACCAGACGGCGAGCUCCAAAAAGCCAGUGGGCAAAUGCGCCAUGCACAUUUACCGUGCACAGUGGUUGCAGAUGCAACGGUCCAUGGGCAGGCGUUACGCAGCUCACCAAGGGUGGUCUGAAUGCAAGCAGGACUUCGCUGCCCUGUCGGAGAGUGAGCUCGCCGACUUGGAGGCCCAGUCCUACGCGUCGAAGGCCGUGGCUUCUGCCCAGCGCAGGCUGGAUAUGAUCGCCCCCGCCAGCUCCGACGGCAGCUCCGAG